AGUUCAGUUGCGGAAGUGCUACGAACUGUGCGGCUCACAAGUACAACUCCGAGGAGCGGGUCCCUCCUGGAGGGACGGCGUGCGUGCAUGACUGCCCACGCGGGCAUCUCAACCCAUCGCAAGCUUUUCUCUAGGUGACCUUGGGCUGAGCUCCGCGUGCUCGCUUGGAGAGCUGUUGAUUUACAAUGCAGAUUCCCCGGUCCUUGCCUGCCUGUCCCUGCCCCUCCUAAAUUUGGCUGGGAUAUAAGAGGCUGUUUGCUCUCUGAUGCCAACAGCAGCAAUGGCAGAGAGCCCUGCCAUGUGAGAGGCAGAGAUAGAGGAGAGGGGGCCAAGGAGGAGCAAACUGUGCAGCUGCUGUUGCUUCUGGUAGCUGAGGAGCACAUCCGUGGGACAGAAUGUCAAUGCUUACCCCUGUCCUGCAGCCUCCGGAGGUGAAGGAGUAUCUGUCCAAGGGUGAGCGCUUCAUCAAAUGGGAUGAUGAAACAGCAAGUGCUUCUCCUGUGAUUCUUCGGGUGGAUCCAAAGGGCUUUUACUUAUACUGGACCUAUCAGAAUAAGGAAAUGGAAAUUUUGGAUAUAACCAGCAUCCGAGAUACCCGAGUAGGGCGGUUUGCCAAAAUCCCCAAGUGCCAGAAGCUCCGAGAGGUUUUUAACUUGGAUUACCCUGCCAGCACCUUCCUGCUUAAGACUCUGACUAUUGUGUCCGGCCCUGACAUGGUGGACCUCACUUUCCAUAACUUUGUGUCCUACAAGGAGAAUGUUGGCAAGAGCUGGGCUGAGGAUAUUAUGGCCAUCGUUCGGAAUCCCCUCACGUACAACGCGUCUCGGUACACCUUCCUAGAGAAAAUCCUGGUGAAGCUGAAGAUGCAGCUUAAUGCAGAGGGGAAAAUUCCUGUCAGGAAUAUUUUUCAGAUGUUUCCUGCGGACAGGAAGAGGGUGGAAGCAGCAUUAAGCGCUUGUCAUCUUCCAAAGGGCAAGAAUGAUGCCAUCAACCCAGAGGACUUCCCUGAGACUGUGUAUAAAACUUUCCUCAUGAAUCUGUGUCCACGGCCUGAGAUUGAUGAGAUAUUUACCUCACACCAUUUGAAAGCAAAGCCCUACAUGACCAAAGAGCACUUGGCAAAGUUUAUCAACAAGAAGCAGCGAGACUCUCGCCUCAAUGACAUCCUUUUCCCACCAGCCAAGCCUGAGCAGGUGCAGAGCCUGAUAGAGAAGUAUGAGCCCAGCGGGAUUAACAUCCAGAGAGGGCAGUUGUCUCCAGAGGGGAUGGUCUGGUUCCUCUGUGGCCCUGAGAACAACGUGAUAGCACUGGACAAAUUGGUGCUGUACCAGGACAUGACCCAGCCGCUCUCACACUACUUCAUCAAUUCAUCACACAACACGUACUUAACAGCUGGUCAGUUUUCUGGUAUCUCGUCUCCUGAAAUGUAUCGCCAGACGCUGCUGGCGGGCUGCCGCUGCGUGGAGCUGGAUUGCUGGAAGGGCCGACCCCCGGAUGAGGAGCCGAUCAUCACUCACGGGUUCACCAUGACAACUGAGAUCCUCUUCAAGGAUGCCAUUGAGGCCAUUGCGGAAAGCGCUUUUAAAACAUCUCUCUACCCUGUCAUCCUGUCCUUUGAGAACCACGUGGACUCGCCCAAGCAGCAGGCGAAGAUGGCCGAGUACUGCCGAACCAUAUUUGGAGAUAUGCUGCUGACAGAGCCACUGGAAAAAUACCCACUGAAGCCAGGAGUUCCUUUGCCAAGUCCUAAGGAUCUCUUAGGGAAAAUCUUGAUUAAGAACAAAAAGAACCAAUCUAUAUCUGGGAAGAGGCAGAACUCUUUGAAGAAAGGGAGGAAUGUGGAACCAGAAAUCAUCGAGCAGCCAACCCCUAUGGAUGCUGAAGAUACUGUCUGGGCAGGUGAUGUGGCUGAAGAGGAACCGGAGGAAGAGGAUGAACAUCUUGGAAACCUGGAUGAAGAGGAAAUUAAAAAGAUGCAGUCAGAUGAGGGCACUGCUGGCUUGGAAGUGACAGCAUACGAGGAGAUGUCCAGCCUAGUUAAUUACAUACAGCCUAUCAAAUUUGACUCCUUUGAAGUCUCUGCCCAGAAGAACCGGAGUUACGUCAUCUCUUCCUUCACGGAGUUGAAGGCUUACGAUCUACUAACCAAGUUCCCUGUGCAGUUUGUAGAAUACAACAAGCGCCAGAUGAGCCGGAUUUACCCCAAAGGCACCCGAAUGGACUCCUCUAAUUACAUGCCCCAGAUGUUCUGGAAUGUCGGCUGUCAGAUGGUGGCACUCAACUUCCAGACCAUGGAUGUCCCCAUGCAGCAGAACAUGGCUCUGUUUGAGUUCAACGGCCAGUGUGGCUAUCUGCUCAAGCAUGAAUUCAUGCGGCGCCCAGACAAGCAGUUUGACCCCUUCUCUGUGGACCGCAUUGACGUGGUGGUGGCAAGUACCCUGUCUGUCACGAUACUCUCUGGUCAGUUCCUCUCAGACCGCAGUGUGAAGACAUAUGUGGAAGUAGAGCUGUUUGGGUUGCCAAGGGACACAAAACGCAAAUACAGAACCAAACUGACCUCCACUGCCAAUUCCAUUAACCCUGUAUGGAAGGAGGAGGCUUUUGUUUUUGAAAAGAUCAUGAUGCCUGAGUUGGCGUCUCUCAAAAUUGUGGCUUGGGAGGAAGGAGGGAAGUUCAUUGGUCAUCGUAUCAUUCCCAUUAUUGCCGUGCACUCAGGCUAUCACCACAUUUGUCUCCGCAGUGAGAGUAACAUGCCGCUCACCAUGCCUUCUCUAUUUGUGUACCUGGAAAUAAAGGACUACGUUCCCGAUGCUUGGGCAGAUCUGACUAUUGCUCUCUCCAACCCCAUUAAGUUCUUCAGUCUGCAGGACAAGAGGUCUGUUAAGCUAACAGAUGGCACGGUGGAGAGGCUUGGCACACAGAGGAACUUGUCGUCUGCUGAAACUAACGGGAUACCAGACUCGUCUGGGAAAUUCAGCACUCCUUUUUCUAACGGGCCUGCAGGAGCAGCGGCGUUCGCCAAGGACGAAAGCGUGAUAGAAGCGAUGCAGAUUGCAGAGCCUCAGACAGCCAGCCUCGCAGAACUGCAGCAGAUGAAGCUCUUCAUGAAGCUGCUGAAGAAGCAGGAGAAGGAACUGAGGGAGCUGGAGCGGAAGGGAAGUAAACGGAGGGAGGAGCUGCUGCAGAAAUAUUCUGUGCUGUUUUCGGAGCCUGUCUGCUAUGGAGGCAAGAAGAGGAUGAUAAACACUAGGAAAACCCAGAAGAAGAGGAGUUUGACAACAGGUGAUGUUGGUACAUGUGCAAAUCCUGUAGAAGUGGCAGAAAGCAUUGAUAGCCGAGUUUUGGAACUGAGAGAGAGGCUGGAGAUGGACCUCAUCCAACUGGGGGAGGAACACCACGAUGGGAUUCGAAGAAAGAAAGAGCAGCAUGCCACAGAGCAAGUUACCAAGAUAAUAGAGCUAGCCAGAGAGAGGCAGACAGCCGAGCUGAAGGCACUGAAGGAGUCCUCAGAAAGCAAUAUUAAAGACAUUAAGAAGAAGCUGGAGGCAAAGAGAGUGGACCGAAUCCAAACCAUGAUUAGGAAUACGAGUGACAAGGCUGCUCAGGAGAGGUUGAAGAAGGAAAUUAAUAACUCUCACAUUCAGGAAGUGGUGCAAACAAUCAAACUGGUGACGCAAAAGACAGCCAGGUAUCAGCAGAAACUGGAAGAGAAGCAGGCAGAUAAUCUGAGAACAAUCAAGGAGAAAGAAAGCCAGCUCCAGCAGGAGGCACUGGCGGAGUACGAGGAGAAGUUGAAAGCUCUGAAUGUGGAGGUGCAAGAGAUGGUGAAGAACUAUGCAAAAGCAGGCUUUCCUGGAGAGCCAGAGACUCAGAAGGAAGCAGUGCAGAGCGUUCCUGAGGAAGAACAAGGCUCUGCAGAACCACCAGAAGAAAAGAUCCCAGUGGCAGAGGUGUCAAGGCUUACAAUAGCUGUGGCUGAGCCCCCAGGAGCUGAAACAGAUGCUGAGAUUGAAGAAAGCGUAUUUUGAGAGAUGCUUCCCUUCCUUGCUGUUCCAUUUCCAGAAGGUUUAUGGACGUAUAUAGUGAAGUUGAAGACCAGCUUGACACAAACUUUCCACUCUGGGGCUCUCCUGAAAUCCUUCAGGAAUUUACUACUUCCUUAUCCUGGAUAGUGGAAGUAAUCCAAAGAGAUCACCCAUCAGAGAGUACUUCGCUCUCUUUGUCUUCCACAGCCUUAGCACUGAGGUAUUUAAGCAGCACGAAAGGGCCUGUGGCUGAAGACAAGCGAGUUGUUGGCAUUCACAGCAGCAUCUACAUCAAUAUUUUAGUCUGGAGGCAGACUUUGGUUUUUAGAGUAACUUCCCUCAUCAUUCAUCCCGUGCAGCUCUUCACAUCGGCACCAUCUCGGAGCUUGGCGCCUUUGAAUGACCCUUAACUGGGAGAUGCUCUCCAGUAGCCCACGUAAUACACUCCAGCCGGCUGAGAGCCGGCCCAGAAUAAAGCCCCCCGAGAGACAUGUAAGGGUGGGUGGCACAUGCUCAGCAGCAACCAUUGUCUUCUAAAGCGGCAGGUUGUCCUUCUGGCACCACUGCCUGCUCGUCCAGACACCGGCAAGGCCAGGCUGACAGACCCUCACACCCAUUUUUGCCAGCUUUCAGCACGUCGGCAUCCGCACAACGUGCUGCUGCAGAAGCGACCGCUGGUUUGUGCGUUACCAGCACCGGAGCUUUUCUUCUUUCUAGCCUCCCCGUAUUCCCAGGGGCUGAUUCUCACUCCUGAUGGGAACUUUGAUUCUCACAGGCCUUCGGGCAAGUCUCAGCUCUGGCUCCGUACCUCCUGGAGACCCUGCCAGUCUUGAGCAGGCUCCUUGGGCAGUUGCAAGGCAUAACUGUGAGGCAUCCGAGCGCCUCAUCACCUGUUCCGGCUACCACAAACACACUUGCAGGUCUCAUCUACAGCAAUUCGAUAUUUUUAGAGCUUCACUGAAACUUUUUCUCAUGAAGCUAAAUUAGUUCCACGGUAUGGGCUUAGGAUAACAACAGUUAACAAAAUUGCUAAACUUUUUGAAAAUCGUAACGUUGCUCAGAUAAAGAGCAGCCAGUUACAUGGCCCGUGAGAUUCCCUUACGCAGAAAGCUGAGCACGGCUCAUAAGAAAUCACAGUGAAUUAUCCAUUUAAGUAGCAGAAAGCACUUCUCUGGAGCUGCUUUUACAUGCUGCCAUCCCAGUUAGUGACAACAGAGGGCUCAGCACUGGUCUGCAGAGUCUGGUCCUUGCUGCCAGGAGACCCACAGUCCUCACCUAGCCACGUUCUUCUUCAUUCAUUCCUCUGAAUGAAAACUGCCCGGCCAUGUGGCCUCGACGGGCAAAUGGUCCCCAGCCUCUUUUAGCCCCAGCGCACACGCGCUGCCGUCUGGCCUCCCUAACCCAAAGCCUUCCAGCAGAGCACGCUUGGAGCUCCAGGGUCCCAACACCUUGGGCGUGUCUUGCGACAGAAGAAGGGUAAGUCCCUCUCAGCCAUCCUUACACUUCCACUGUCCAGGGUGACAAAGCUGCCUUUUGUGAGUGCAGCCCUCGCGUCGGUGCCCCCUGCCUCCGCGCGUACGUCCUCUCACCUGUUUUAUCACCUUGCGCACUGCCUGGCUUGGGCCAGAAAGUGCGCGCUCAUCCAGAAGGAAGGCAUGGGAAACAUACAGUCCACUGCUUUUCCUAGCACCAGUUAAGACAGACUUUGCUUACGGAGCCUAAAAAAGCAGGAAAGAGCAGUAACUCAGUACCGAGCAGCCCCAUCCUGGCCUUCCUCGUAUCACAGCAUGAAAUAACCUUAGCCCAAGAAUUGGGGUUUGGCCUGCCAAAACGUACUUGGCAGCAGGUCCCAGGGACCUUGCGCCAUCAGGCACUUGUGGGCACCAGAUGUCCCAAGUGUGGGGGGGGCCUGACCUGACACCCCCAGCCCCCCAAAGAAAGGGUCCGCCCACUCCAGCCGUACAGCUGUAAAUGGCAAGACUUCAGUAAAAGAGGUGGGAGGAGACAGACUUAGGGAGCCAAAGGGAACCAGGAACUGCAACUGUUCUGUUACAAGUGCUUAUCCUAGCCCUAAGAUACUGUAGAUCAACUCUUCCAAAUUGGUCAAGGAAACAACAAAAACCAAAAGAACAACAGAAACCACCCAUAAACUGCUGAAGGGGGGAGGGGUGUAACCCGCAAACCUCAGCCUGCGAGUGAGCAGAGCUGUGACUACUGCAAGCCCGAGCACCAGCAGCCACAGGAACCAUGUGGUGGUGAAACCCUCGGUGUAUUUAUUUGGCUGUUCAAACCCCCUUUUAUUGCCAUGGUCGAGUGUCCUUAAGCCCAGCCAUAGACGAGCAGCAGGUGAGACCAUGGUCUUAGAAAAGGAGCUGCUUCCAUCCUCUUGUUAUUGCGCUCUUUGCCCUUAUUUUGAGGCAAUACUACAUGAGCUGUGGGGCUGCCCAGAGCGACAGCCUCUCACCCCCUCCCCAAAACUGUGCGUGCCAGCUUGGCCCUCCCCAAAACUGUGCGCCAUGCAGCAGUGUGACCACAGGCCCCGCUCACCCCGUCCUUCAGGUGUCUGUCGUUUCUGGCAGGUGAGCUCAGUGGUUGCUCUAUGAGACCAGUGACACCUAAAAACUGCAUGGAUACCUGUAUAAUGAAGUGCUGCUAGUAAACAACCCACCCACCACCAAACCAUAAUGACCAGCUCAAGUAGGUGUGAGCGACAAGAUGUUCCAAGCCUGGUCUGACAGCCAAGACAAGGCCAUGCCUCCCCUGCGCUGUUACCGUAAUACUGGAAUUAUGUAUUGUAAAUGUCUGACUUAUUUAUUUUCUAAAGAAAUAAACCAUUGCAUUUCUUAAAAAAAAAAAGUAAUUGGCUCACUCU